ACCCAGCCGCAGCAGCCGCUCGCCCCGCAGCCGAGCCCCGGCGCUCCGAGCCCGCCGCCAUGGAGGAGCCCGAGCCCGCGGGGACUGCUGCGGGGCAGCCCGGGCUGCGCGCGCUCCUGCCCCCCCGCGAGUUCCUGUGCUCCCGCAAAGGGCAGCUGCUGCUCGCCGAGGCGGUGCUGUCAUUUAUCAUCUUUAUCUGCUAUAUUGCAUCUCCAGCUGUUGCUUUCAUGAUGGCACCACUCCUAGAGUUUUUGCUGGCACUCUUUCUUUUUUUUGCCUAUGCCUUCAAACUUAAUGAGAAGUUUAAAGGACUCUACUGGCCUUUGACGGAUUUCUUGCGGUGUGUCACUGCUGCCAUUAUUUACUUUGCCAUUUCAAUUGCUGCUGUCUCAAAAUACAAUGAUGGAUCAGCUAAAGCAGCAGGAGUGUUUGGAUUUAUAGCCACAAUCGUGUAUGCCAUUGAUUUCUACAUAACCUUCAACGACCUGGUCACUUUUCUCAAGCAAGGGCAAGGUGGUUCCGAUUCCCCCGAGAGGCGCAAGUCAGAAGAUGAGGACUCUGAUUCUGACUCAGACUGAAGAACCAAACACCAACCAAGCGUGAAGGGAAGAUGAUCAAGCACUUUCCUCUUUGCUGAAUGCACUGCCAAUUGAAAUAUCUCCUUUAUUUCAGCCUUGGUAUCCUCUUUCCAUCUCACUGUUCAUGGAGUCACCAAAGCGUAGACAGGGCAGUGAUCUGGAAAAGGACACUAUUCCCAACAUCAUUACAUACUCUGUUAGAACUAUGGAUUUUACAGUAGUUCAACCUGUCACAGAAGUCUGUAUCCAAACAGCACAUCUCAUUUCUCCCCUGCUCCUCCUUACUCGGCACUACAAUGUACUGAGUGAAUGGGAACAGAGCAUUUUAAAUGUAUAAGCAGAGCUUUUGAUAUGCUUUCUUAACUCCAGAUCUUUAACCCUUAUAGCUUUUAUACUUUUUCCUGUGCCAAGGAGGAGAGGCUCAGAAUGCCUCUCCUUUAUUUGUAUUUUUCUUAAUUGACUAACAGUAUUUCUUUAUCUGAAGCUUGAAUAUUCCACUAUCUCAAGAACUGAAGGCAUAGAUUAUAGUUAACAUGUUGGUUUCAAUACAGUUAUAUCUACUGCCUAUCUGCAACAAGUGACAACUGGAAAUCUGCAGCAAGAACAAACCUCAAAGUAUGAUUGUGCCACAGGGGAGCUGGCUCAUCAAACAUUCACUAUCACUUUUUUAAGCUGCUUGGAUGGAGUCACAUCCCAGUUUCUGCAGUUUCACCACAGAAAAGAAAUAGAACAGAUGAGGCAUGGUCUAACCAGCCCCUUUCCUGCCAUUUGUGUGGAAGCCCCUGGGCGUGUUUGCACACACAGGUAAGGAAGGUUUGCUAAAUACCAUCCAACAGCACCUGCAUACACAGCCUGACAGUAUUUGUGUGCAAGACAGCACUGAUCUCAUGCUGUGUUGCACACACUGGUCCUCCUGGGAGAGGUGGCGCUGGGCUCAGUCCGCUGACUUCACAAAGCAGACGACCCUCUGGAAAACUCAGGAUAGCUGGGCCCCAGGAGGGCAAUGCACCCUUCCCACUGUGAAAAGGCAAAAAACCCUCCAAACUAAUGUCUGCAAUGAAAUUAAUUUCCCUAGACUCUCUUUUUGAGACGUGUGGUUUUCAGUUUCGUUGGGUUUUUUGUUUUGUUAUGGGUUCUCUUCCUCUGGAAAGACAUGAUUUAUGUCAUGGUCCAAUAUUCUGGGGGAAAAGCCUUCUGAGUUUGCAAGAAGGCAUUUUCCCAGGUAGCAGAACCUACCUUGAAAUAUUUAUGUGCACCUAAAUGCAUACUGCUUGGAAAAAGCAUGACAUGCUCCUUGCAUAUGGCAUCAGGUAGGUCUACUUCAAAGAAACCUAAAGACACUUAAAUUAAUAUAGUACCGGAACAGGUGGCCUUAACAAAAAAGUAAUUAAACUGAGAGCAGACGGUACUAACAGAGUAAAUGAACAUCAGGGAUAAAUCAAUAAAGACAGAUUUCCUUUGGAACAAGGUCAUGGCUUGGGUUCCAGGUCCCUGCUAGCAGCUGGCUGCUAACAGCAGACACACGGUACCAAACAGAGAGCAGGUGCUGGGGAAGGUGCUGGCCAUGGCCAGAGGGGCCCAACGUGCAGCUCUGGUAUCUCCUCUUUCCACACCACUGAGAAAGCAAAACAAAUGGUUGCUUCUACGUGUGACAAACCACCUUUGCUUUUAUGAGAAAGAGCUUUUUGGACAUUUUCCUGUAUGAAAUGACACUUUUUGCUCUUUUCUGUUGUCAUAUUCUACUGGACGCACUGUGACGUCAGGGGACUUGGGCUCAUUUUUAUAUUCAAUUGUUUUGUAUUACUCUUUUUUUAAUUAAAAUAUGUACUGCAUGUCACA